AUGUCUACAUGCAGACGGCACGAAUGUUGCGUUUCCUCAUGCCGCAGGCCAUUCUGUGCCGCCUUGUCCAUCUUCUCCAGUGCCUCUGAUCAGGUUGUUGAAGAAAGCCAAGUCCGGAUCCUGAAAAGUAUCAACCUCAAUUCUAGCUGCCGAUGUCAACACCCCGAAGGCGUGGUAUAUUGGCGCUCAGAUUACUUUUGGGCUUGGAAUCGGUCUAGGAAACCAUGUUCUGGUGACGGCGUUGCAGGGUUUCGCGACGAUGGGAGUAGCUUUCACGGGCCUGCUUUUCUCGGCUGCCAAUUCUAUGCUAUCUUCGACAACUACCUGCUGCAAACUUUGGCACGAACUGCUCCUCAAAUCGAUUCGGCAGAGAUCUUGUACAUUGGAGUGUCAGGACUCACAAAUGUUCACAAAGAGGAGCAGCUGGCUUUGAUUCGAGACGCAUAUAUGGUUGGGAUCAAGGCUGCCUUUGCCUUCGCCCUGGCCGGUAUCGCACUCACUAUAGUCCUUGCCCUUUUGAUCCCCUUCGCGACUCUUCCUUCUCAUGAGACCAAGAAAGCUGAGGAUAAGGAGGCAGCGGCCAAGACCCCUUGGAUUAUCAUGCAGGGCACAUGA